UGUUUUAACCACAAAAACAGCUACACAAUUUGAGGCUGGGUCAGUCUCGUAUUUUGCAGAGAUCUCAACCUCUUCCUUUCACAUAAAAGCACAGCACGAUGGUCAAACCAGCAGUUGUUUCCAGUUCUGUGAGACCAGCAGAUGCCAGCUGCGUGUGCUGAGGGAUCACAGAAUAAAUAAAUACUUUCCUUUGUUGGGGACAGCUCCUGCCCAGUGCCGGUUCUCUGUAGAGCCCGCUGGUUUCCAGCGUGUUGGUGCUGCUGGGGCUGGACCUGCUGCGGCCUUUGGAGCCUUUUCCCGUUCCGAGCUGGGGCUGAGGGGGCCGAGGGGCGGACACGGAGCUCUGCCGGCUCUGGCAGCGCCAGGCCCCAGGGAAGGACAAGCAUUUGUGUCAGGGGAGCCGUGUCAGGCUCUGCUGGCACUGCCCCGGCUCCCCAGGGACCGGCCACGGCCCCGAGGCUGCCGCAGCUCCAGGAGCGUCUGGGCAGCGCUGCCAGGGAUGCCCGGGCCGGGAUUUUGGGGUGUCUGUGCAGGGCCAGGGGCUGGGUUGUCCCUUCCAGCUCAGGAUGUUCUGUGCAGUGCCGGCCUGCGGCGGCCGCCCUUCACCGGGGCCCGUCCCUGUUGUCACACAGAAAGCGCCGCGUCCGAUCCCAGGAGCAGCGGCGUCCCCGCUGUGAGCUCCGGGCGCCGGGCCAGGCACGACCUCCCCGGGCCAGGCACGGCGGGCCAGGCACGACCUCCCCGGGCCAGGCACGGCGGGCCAGGCACGACCUCCCCGGGCCGCCCCCGCCCGCCGGGGCCGCGCCGGGCCCGGGCCACCCCCGCCGCCACGAUCUCGGCCUUUGCGGCGCUGACUCACGGCGGCCCCGCCGCACGACUCCGGCCCCGCCGUGAGUCACGCACCGCCCCCGCGGGCCGAGGGGCGGGCCGGGGGCGGCCGCGCCCCUACAAAGCGGCACCGCCAGCGCCGGGGCAGCGCGGCCGCUCCGGCAUGGACGGAGCCGGGCUGGGCGUCACCGCCUGCGCCGCGGCCGCGGGGCUGCUGCUCUACCGCAUCGCGCGGAGGAAGAAGCCCACACAUGUGACAGUGAACUGCUGGUUCUGCAAUCAGGACACGGUGGUGCCCUACGGGAACCGUAACUGCUGGGACUGCCCCAACUGCGAGCAGUACAACGGCUUCCAGGAGAAUGGAGACUACAACAAGCCCAUCCCUGCCCAGUACAUGGAACACCUUAACCACGUUGUGUCGGGCACUCCAACUUUCUGUGACCCUGCCAAACCACAGCAGUGGGUGAGCAGCCAAAUUCUGCUCUGCAAGAAAUGCAACAACCAUCAAACCAUGAAAAUCAAACAGCUGGCUUCAUUCUCACCAAGGGAGGAGGGCAAGUACGAUGAGGAGAUUGAGGUGUACAAGCACCACCUGGAGCAGACCUACAAGCUGUGCCGCCCGUGCCAGGCUGCUGUGGAGUAUUACAUCAAACACCAGAACCGGCAGCUGCGGGCGCUGCUGCUCAGCCACCACUUCAGGCGCCGGGAGACGGACAAGAGCUACAGCCAGAAUCUGUGUUCAUCCUCCUCUUCCACUUCCAUCACCACACCAGCUCAGGUGAUACUUCUGCGGUUCCUGGCCUUCCUCAGCUGCGCCUUCCUGGUUCUGAUGGCCUUGUACGGGUCAGGCGACCCCUUCUCCCUCAGCACAGCUGUCCCUGCUCCUGUCCCCUCUGGCUCCCUGCGGAACAGGACCAGCGAGGGCAGUGCGAGGGGCAGGGGCAGUGCCAGCUCCAGCUCGGGGCAGGGCUGGCAGGAGCUGCUCCACCUGCUCCCAGAGCACCUGCUGGAGAACCUGAGCGCGGCGUGGGCCUACGGCAAGAAUCACCAGAUGGCAGUGGCCGUGCUGGGGCUCUUCACCUGCCUGCUGGCCAUGUUCCUGGCUGGGCGCAUCAGGCUCCGGCGGAUCGAUGCGUUUGCCUCGGUGCUGUGGCUGCUGGUGAUGAGCCUGCAUCUGGCCGAGCGCUACCUGAAGACGGACAGGCCCAGCUGGCUGGACACGGCCAAGUUCAGCACCACGUCCCUGUGCUGCCUGGUGGGCUUCACCGCAGCCGUGGCCACGCGCAAGGCAACGGGCCAGCGGAGAUUCCGGCCCCGAAGGUACCUCUCUGGGGACUCCAUUACUGUCUUUCCCAGCAGCCCUGGCACGGCCUUCCCUUCACCUGCUACGUCUCUGUUUGUCCCAACACCACCCAGCAUCCUCCACCUGACAAACCAGCAGCUCUUCAGGUCCCCACGCAGAACUUCCUCAUCCUCCCUUCCCGGCCGUCUCAACAGGGCGCUCUCGCUGGGCACCAUCCCCUCGCUGGCCCGGGCAGAUUCUGGCUACUUGUUCAGUGGAAGCCGACCGGCCUCACUGUCAUCCCAGUCCAAGGAGUCCCCUGCAUCAGAUCCCUUGUCCCUGCUGUCCGGCAGCGCUGUCCCCUCCCGCAUCCCGUCCCCGGCGCCGUCGGUGGCCGGCUCGGUGGCCUCGGGCUCGGUGGCCUCCAGCUCGGGGUCGCUGCGCCUGCGCCGGCCGCUCAUCAGCCCUGCCCGCCUCAACCUCCAGGGACAGAAGCUGCUGCUGUUCCCGGCACAGAGCGAGGCCCUGCUCACCCCGAGCGGCUCCGAGGAGCAAACCCACUCCGACAGCAACACCUUCACCCCCGAGCUGCCCCGCUUGCCCAGGAGGAACCUCGCGGAGCGGGGAGCGCCUGAUAUGAGAUCUGCUGUGGAAGGGGCGAGUAUUUGCAGUGAUAAUUCCAUCAAGAAGGAGGAUCACUCAUCACACUCAUCUACCUGCGUGGUGGACACAACUACCAAAGGGGAAGAUUUGUCAGGUUGGAAAGGUCGCUUUGGUACCUCUGCUCUCCGGGGCUUGCUGGCCGUGAGCCUGACUCUCAACGCUGUCUUCACCUCAGCCUACGUCUACAGGAGCCUGCGCUGAUUUGUGCCAGCACUCCCUUUCUCUCUGGUUCCACCUGGU